AUGCCUUCUGGAGAUUCCACUGCAUCUGCGAUUCCACAACGGGAUGAUGAAUCCCUGGCUGGUACCAUACAGCACAUUACGUUACAGAACUGGAUGGCCUAUACAGGUCCAGUUACCUUAUAUCCAUCGUCAGGGUUGAACAUAAUUGCCGCUUCCAAUGGCAGUGGGAAAUCUGCUAUCGUUUGUGCUAUAGCUUUAGGACUUGGCUAUUCCCCUGCAGCCGUUUCCAGGGGGGAUACCCCCUCCGUCUUUGUUAAAAGGGGGUUUAGCUGGGCUAAAUUGGAAAUAGGUAUUAACAAGAGAGGUGGCUCAACAAUGUUGGUAACUAGACGAAUUGACGUGGGCAAGGACGGUGAUAGCACCAGUACGUGGUUAAUAGAUGGGGAAAAAGUAACAAAUUCCUUCGUGACUGAGACAAUUACCAAAAUGAAUAUUCGGUUGGACAAUUUGAUCUCAUUUCUCCCCCAAGAAAAUGUUAGCAAGUUUACUUCUAUGACACCAAAACAGCUUUUAAUAGCUACGCUAAGGGGGAUAAAGCCGCUCUUGUUGGAUAGACAAAAUGACAUUGAUAAGCUGGACAAAGAUGUGGAAUCAUUUGAUAGCAGAAUUAAAGCGAACCUCAAGCAAUUAUCUAUGCUAAAAGGCGAGAUUGAUUUGUUGGAGCGUAAGGAAAGGGAGUAUGCUCAGCUUGGUGAAGAAAAGAUUAAAUUAUCAAUCCUAAAUCACAUCCUUUUACUGAUGCAUGUAGAAGAUAUUACGAGCAGGAUUGAUGACAAUCGCAAGAAAAUAGUGCAGUAUGAGUCGGAAAUUGCCAAUUUGAGACUAAAACUUGAACCAUUGAAUGUGUUAAAAAACAAAAUUUUACAGGCACACCAAAAAUAUGACGAACAGGCAUGUGAAACCGAAAAGGUUAUAAACAAUAUUAUCACUCAAUUAUUUAAACCCAACAGCCUAUUUUCAUCAAGUAUUCACUUUGAAGGAUAUAACAAUGUCUUAACUUUGAAGAAUAAACUAGAGGGCGAUGAGUUAAAAAAAAAGGAAAUACAGCAGAGAAUUGACGAGUUGGCAAAGAUUGAAAGCGAAAAUAAAAAGGAGAUUCAACUCUUACGGUCGAAGAUUUCUGAAUCCGAAUGUAAAUUUCACCAGCUAUCAUCUAUGUUGGCAGAAAAGAAGGUAGAACUGGAUAACUUGAUCAAGAAAUCUCGCUGCAACAAUGACAAAUACGGAAGAUUUGAUAAAAAACAAAAUCUGCUAGGGGGGAGAACCAGAAGGAUGAAACUAAGCGAUAGUGCUUUUCAAUUAGAUUCGUUUCAACGUAUGCAACUAGAGAAUUUGUAUAAAACCAUACAUCCAAAGAGCAUUGAAAAUGUGGAUAAGUUUUUGCAUGUGCAACAUACGCAUCCAAAUGUAUUGGGGCCAAUUGCCGCUCUUGUCCAACUUUGCACCCCUCAUGCCAGCAUUUUGGAGUGUGCAAUAAAAAAUUACCUUGAUGCCUUUGUGGCACCAAAUAUACUUGAUGUUGUUGAAAAUAUAUCAUCCAAAUAUAAUAUAUCGAUUGUAACCACUCCCGGUAAAAAUAUAUCACUUUGUCAUGUAACAGAGGAAAUUCGCGCAUGGGGAGUUGAAUUGUUCCUACAUGAAACGUUUCAGGCACCAGAGCAAGUUAAGCAAACGCUUUCUAACGUGGCCCGCAUCAACCAGUCUUUCAUCGUAACUGAUAGCAGCAAGUUGAAUGAUUCAAAUUUCUCCCAAUUCUAUGAUGUAAUGAUCAGAGAAAUAUCUAUUCAAGUGGGCAGAAAAGUUAAGGUACUUGAGUUUUUUAUGGAUGGAAUGCGUCGCUUCUACACACAACUUGGCGGUAAUUCAUUUGUGGACGAACAAACUCCUUAUCCAGCAAAACCUAAUGUACUAAUUCUUCCCGAAGCCACUGAUAAUUUGAAAAUAUCAGAACUUAACGGGAAUAUCGAACUGAUCAAAGAAGAAUUAAAUAAUAAUAGCUAUCGAACGGACAGCAUUAAAUUGCAACGGUUAGAACUUGCAUCCAAGAAAAUUGAGAGGGACCUCCCGGGGCUGUUGGCGCGGUUGGAGUCGCUGCGGGUAUGCAACCUUAAGGAAGAGGUUCGAGACCUGCUGGACAAAACUAGGCAGUCUGUCCAACAAGACAUAGCACAGCACUUGGAUAGGCUUACUGCCGCCGCCGAUGAGAUAGACGAAGUUGUUGCAGGUGUGGGCGCGCUAAAAAAACUGGUGGCAAAAAUGAAUUACCUGAAAAAGUUGCUCUCUCAACUGGGAAACAGGCUCAACCCCCUAACAGAACGCUUCGAGGCAAACGAGAAGCUUAUACAAGAUGCAAACAAAUUGAUUAUAGAGCUGGCUUCAAAGAAGGAACAAUUUGAAGCCCAGCUGGAGGAGUCAAAGCAAACUCUUAAACGCACACUAGUAAAUACCGUGAACAUCAAAUAUAAGGCUGAGAGAAGGGGGGGGGAGGAAGACGCCGUUGCCAGGGCAGCCGAGCGUGUGUUCCUCGGCGAAGAUGUGGAUGAGGUGGUGUCUGAUCUUGUAAACGACUAUCACCGUCAAUACAGAGAGAAACAGGAGGUUUGUAAGCAGGUACAAAUAUCACGGGUAAGAAUCCAGCAUCUUUCUUCCAUAAUAGAUGCCGCGUCUGGCUAUGCGCAAAUCACCCAAAUGAUGGAUUCGCUCGAGGCCAAACGGUGUCAAUUUGCCAGUCUCGAAGAACAGGUUAAAAUGGACGAAUUAGACAAAAUAGAAUUAGUGGCAAAGAGGGACGAGUAUACGCAGCAGUGGGUUGAUGAGGUCAAGGAAAUAGUUUCAAAAGUUGACACUCAAUUUUCACGUUUGAUGGGUCUGGUAAAGGAAGGAGUCAUGGGUCAGGCUAGGCUUGUCAACAAUGAAAAGGUAGGGGAUGCUGAGUUAUCAAUCCGAGUGAGGUUUUCGGGUGAUAAAGACUUAUUACCCCUUUCAACUUCCUACCAAUCUGGGGGCGAACGUGGCGUUGUGACUAUGUUGUACAUAUUAUCGCUACAGCAUUACACAUUCUCCCCCUUUUACCUACUUGAUGAAAUUAAUCAGGGAUUGGAUGUGGAUUAUGAGAGGGCAUUGCUGUGUAUUAUCCAAUCUAACCUAAAAAAAAACUCUCAGCUUUUCAUAAUAACCCCGCAUUUGAUACCAGGGUUAGAUCUGAGCAAGGCUACAAUGCACUUCCCGUUCAAUGGGCCUUUUGUGACCGAUAACAAUCAGGGGUGGGCGAUAGCAGAUUGCUAA